AUGUCAGAUUCGGGGAGAAACUCCUUGACCAGCCUGCCCACCUACGCAGGCUCUGGGUCGGGCUAUGUGCCCCCAGCGGCCCUGGGGCCUCUCAGUGCUUCUACCAGCCAUAUCAACAGACUGGGGACCACUGCUGGAGCUGCAGCGGCUCAGGACAAGCUGGAGAAACCAGGCUACCAGGUGGGUCUUUUAAACAUAAUUACAGGCACUGCAGUCGACUCCGGAUGAGUUCACGUUUGAUAAGUGUUAACAUACUUUUAGUGCAGUGCAGUUUACCAGUAGCAAUGCAUAUACAUUGUUCUUACUUGCUCUGGGUAUCUGCACCUAUCCAGUUUGGUACAAGUCCAGUGUGGACUGUAUAUGAAUGUAUGUGAGACUAUUCCAGAACGGGCUGAGUGCCUCGGACAGUGGCCACUCCUCUUCAGGAAAGAGCACCUCAUCCUAUCAGAGGCUGAGCCACCUAGGGGACACCCCAGCACCCCUUCGCCCCUCACCUUCCUCCGAUGACGUCAUCCGAGACCUGGAGGACCGGCUCUGGGAAAAGGAGCAAGAGGUGAGAGGUGAAAGGUUAUUUUGUGGUCAAGAGUGAUUUACUUUAGUCGAUUUUCAUGGAUGUAGCAAUUAUCAUCACUUCAGUCAGUCCCAAAAAUCCUUCCAUUCUCUUCUGAGCUCUAUCUCUCCUCUCCUCCCCUCUCCCAGGUGCAGCAUAUGCAUCGUAACUUGGACCAGAGCGAGGCAGCCAUCGUCCAAGUGUUUGAGGAGAAGCAGCGCGUGUGGGAGAGACAGAUGGAAGAGCUGCGACAGAACUACGCCUCCCGCCUGCAGCAGGUGACCACACACACACACACACACACACGACUGCAGAAGAUGGCCACACAUUCCACAGCGGCAUAAACCAAUAAGAGUCCACCAAAUGUUGAUCAUCUCUUCCUCUGCAUACAGGUGACGCGCCGCGCCCAGCGCUCCCAGAAUGCCCUGGAGGCGCAGAUCACCCGUCUGUCGCAGGACAAGCGGCGCCUGCAGGAGGAGAUGCCUGCCUUGCUGGCCCAGAGAGAAGAGCUGGAGAGGAAGUGUCUGGACUUCAGGAAGGAACAGGCCGACGUACUGCCAAGCCUGGAGGAGACCAAGUGGGAGGUGUUUGUUGUUGUUGUGGUGGUGUGCGUUUGUGCAUGGUGCGUCGGUGUGAACAGCCCCAUAACACUGCAGCUCUAACUUACUAUACUAUAUCCUUCCCUGCUGUGUGGUACAGGUAUGUCAGAAGGCGGGGGUGAUAUCCCUGCUGAAGCAGCAGCUGAGGGAGAGCCAGGUGGAGGUGACCCAGCGGGCGGGAGAGAUGGUGGCCCUCAGGGGUCAGCUGAAGGAGGCCAACGCCCAGCUGAGAGAUCGGGAGGAGGUCAUGCUGGGCUUCAAGGACUCCUACAGCACCAAGAGCCUGGAGCUGGAGCGCUGCCAGGGAGAGCUGAGGAGGACGCUGACUGAGGUACCUAUACACAUACAAACCUGUAAGUCACAUUUCUGAUGACACAAAUACUUGACACUAGAUGAGAUAUCCUGUUGUUUCAGAGUUAGGGAUCGAAAUGAAACUGGACCAUACACACACAUACAGUAUAUGCACACUAGUGCUGAGCGAUUAACCGAAAUUACGGUUAUUUUAUCGUUUUUAAACAACUAAUUGACCGACGUCGUUUUUUUUUCUGUGAGCUCAAUGUGCACAUUGCACAGUUCCUUUAGUGAUUAAUCAGAUCCAGCCUAAACUGUGCAAUGUAGUAGGGAGUUGUGGUUUCCAACAGGACAAUAUUCUACAUAGUUUAGCGCAUAAAACGUGGUAAUUAAUUACAAUAACCAUAAUCCAUUGCGCAUCUACUUGUCCGGUCUGUGUUUCUUUUCCGCCUGCUCCGUUAGGUUAGUGUGGUGCAGACACGGAGAGGGAGAGAAGAAUGCCUGAAAAUACAUGAUCUAAGUGAUUGAUAGUUGCUAUUCAGCAGUAUGCCUUAUUUACUUUGAAGAACUACUAAAAUAGUGAUUUUGUCAGACAGCAUAGGCAGCAGCUCUAUAGAGAUGAGAUGAUGAAUUGGAAUGAAAUAAUAAAGUCAUCAAAUAAAAAUAAAUGUACUUUACAGAACAACUGAAAUAUUUUAUUAAAGUACAGUAAUGUGAAUAAAUGAUGGUUAAUAAGUCAGCACUAACGCACACUAAUACAUCCUUCUCUUUGUCAGGUGUCUAUCCUGAGGGAGAGGCUGGGUGUGUUUGAGGCUGAGGUGCUGGGUCUUAAACGAACUCUGGGGGAGCUGGGCGGAGCGGUUGAUCCUGCCAGAACCCAAACCCUAGCAGCCGGAGGGCUACUCCCCCCCUGGGGGGCUCUCUACUGCCCCCGCAGCCCCCCUGAGCCCUCAUCCACACCCCUCACCCACACCUCAGAUGUCCUGCUCAGCUUUCAGAGUGAUGAGGCAAAAGCCCAGAGGCAAGAGGCGCAGAGGCAAGAGAGGCAGCAGCGUGAAGAGGCCCAGUGGUGUGACAUGCAGCCACACCAGGAGGCCCACCAGCGCCAGGAAUCCCAUCUCUGUCAGGAGGCUCAUCUCCACCAAGAAUCCCAACACUGUAAGGAAGCUCAACUUUGUCAGGAAGCCUACUUGCGUCAGGAGGCCCAGCAGCAGCAGCAUCAGGAGGCCCAGUGGGAGGAAUCAGGGAACCUGUGUGAGCAGCUGGAUCAGCUCCAGGGGGCCUUACGUCUAGAACGUCAGCAGAAAGAGCUCCAGGCCCUCAGUUUCAACCAGGAGCGACACACCUGGAUUGACGAGAAGGAGCGUGUGUUGAAAUACCAGGCGCAGCUUCAGGUCAGCUAUGUGGAGACUCUACAGAAAAGCCAGGCUCUAGAGCAACAGGUGGGACAGCUGGGGGCCAAACUCACCCCCUCAUCCUCCUUCUCCCCUCCCCCACCACCGGCCCUGUCAACCCUCCCUCCCCUGCCCUCAGUCAGUCUCCCUGCCCCCAUGGCCCUCACCCUCUUACCCCCGCCCUGUGAGGACCAGAAAGGCCCCCCUUCCCUCCUCCAGCUGCCCCCACCCUGGGCAGGGCCCUCACGCCUGGAGAGGAUAGAGUCCACUGAGAUUUAG